AUGACCCUCGGCCAGGUGCUGGACGGUGCCUUCUUCAACGAGUACAUCAAGAGAGGCAAUGUCCUCAUGCUCUCCGAGGGCAGGACGACCGUCGAAAACGUCUUCUCCCUCCACGAGGGCCUGCUUACAAUGUACCUCGACAAGGAGACGUACGAGCGUGCCGGCCUAGUGGGCAAGCCUCACGGCGUCAAGGGGAAGAGAGGCCUCAAACCGAGAUGGGUUGUGAGCUACCAGCUCCGAGACCCGUCGAUGCUUCACGGCAAAAAGGGGUUCGACAGACUCGUCUAUGCAUGCAAAAAUGCUCUCAACACGCCCGUGACGUGGUUGUUCUGCAACGCCGCGACUACCACGCCCUCGCCAGACCCUCUGGAUCCGUAUUUCCCAACACGAUACACCUGUGAGCCCGCCCUUGUGCCCGGCAUGCAUGUUAAGACGGCGCCGCUGGCGAUCCCUGCCGACAUGAUUCAGAACGGCGACAGGCUCGCCCUCGAAGACUUUGCCACGGAGACGUACGAAUGGCUGUCCCUGGUCCGUCUGCAGAGCCCCCGCGUCGAGGCCGGAGACACCGUCGACCCCUAUCUCUCGCGCUACCAGGUCCCAGGCAGCCUCGACGCCGAAGCCGGCGCUGACGCCGCAGCGCACUUGAACGUCUGCAAGAUCACGUGGCAGGGCUUCUUCACCUCAGACUGGGUUCGGAGCGUCCUAAUCCAUGCCCUCGUCGCCCUGCCGUCGCGGACCUGGCUCUCCCUCAGCGCAACGUCCUUUUCCAAGGGCAUGGCUGGCGAUAGCCCCGAAAUCGCGUUCCUCCGGCCGCCCGAGUCCCCCGGGCAUUACCUGUUUUGGGAAAUCAAGAGCGACGAUUAA